AUUAGCUUCCAGUUACACAGUUUAUAAAGUUGCCCACAUAAGAAUAUUUUCAGUAGGAUUCUGAUGAAAGGUGUAUUUUGUUACAAUGACUGAACUUGUUAAAAGAAAGUAUUUGGUAGAACGGCCAAUUUAUUCCGAAGACUCCUUCAGCUCAGACCAUGAAAUUGUGGACAGGCACCAUACAACUGCAUUGGACCACUUAAAGCGUGUAUGUGGGUGCUCAUCACAGAAAGCAAAGAGAAUUGCUUUAACUUUUUUCCCGAUUGCCUCAUGGCUACCCAGUUAUCGUAUUAAAGAGUGGCUUAUCAGUGAUUUAAUAUCUGGAGUAACCACAGGACUUGUGGCUGUACUGCAAGGUUUGGCAUAUGCCCUUCUAGCCAAUGUAUCUCCUGGAUAUGGACUGUAUUCAGCAUUUUUCCCUGCUGUGGUAUAUUUUUUCUUUGGAACAUCCAGACACAUAUCUGCUGGUCCUUUCCCUGUCGUAAGUCUGAUGGUUGGAUCAGUCGUGGCUAAUCUUGUCCCUGACAACACAGGUAAUGGAAAUUCUACUGUUGUCAAUGCAACUGCAGAAGAAAUACUAAACAACGAGAGAAUAGUUGUGGCAGCAUCUUUAACAUUCCUUGUUGGGCUUAUUCAGUUAGGUUUGGGUCUUCUGCGAGUUGGCUUCAUAGUCAUAUAUUUGUCAGAACCUUUAAUCAAUGGUUUCACAACGGCUGCUGCUAUUGAAGUUGUGGUGUCACAGUUAAAAUAUGUUUUUGCAGUUCAAAUCCCUUCAUUUAGUGGACCACUAGCCUUGUUUUAUUCAUUGGAGAGCAUCUUUUCACAGAUAACAAAAACCAAUCCUGCUGAUCUUAUAAUAGCAAUUAUUGUCAUGGUUUUUGUUUAUGCUUUCAAAGAAAUCAAUGAUCGCUUCAAGUCAAAACUACCGGUACCGAUCCCUAUUGAAAUAAUAAUGACUAUCAUUGCAGCAGGUGUGUCUUAUGCAUUUAAUUUCAAAGAUAGGUUCAAAGUGAAUAUUGUUGGAGCAAUCCAAAAAGGAUUUCAACCUCCUGUGGCACCAAGUAUUUCAGUUUUCCAAGCAACCAUUGCUAACUCUUUCUCCAUUGCAAUUGUUGGAUUUGCGGUGGCAUUUUCGGUUGCUAAAGUUUAUUCAAUCAAGCAUAAUUAUAGUGUAAAUGGCAACCAGGAAUUGAUAGCAUUUGGACUUAGCAACAUAAUGUGUGGCUCAUUUAAAGGAUUUGCAGCAAGCACGUCUUUAUCAAGAUCAUCAGUACAAGAAAGCACAGGAGGCAAAACUCAGGUUGCUGGGAUCAUAUCAGGUACACUUGUUUUGAUAGUGACGUUAGCUAUUGGAUACCUGCUGGAGCCAUUGCCAAAGGCUGUCCUUGCAGCGAUAAUUAUUAUAAAUUUAAAAGGAAUGCUAAAGAAAUUUAACGAAAUUCCUGUGUUGUUCAAGAGAGAUAAAUAUGAUUGUCUUGUAUGGAUAUUGACAUUUAUAGCCUCAGUAAUUCUUGGACUGGAUCUUGGUCUUGCAGUUGGUGUAGGCAUUGAACUUUUAACAGUGGUAUUUCGAGUACAGUUCCCCAAAUUUUCAGUGAUUGCGAAUAUCCAGAGAACAGACAUCUAUAGAAAUAAAAAGGAUUACAAUGAUAUGUAUGAACCAAAAGGAGUGAGGAUUUUCAGAUGUCCUGCGCCAAUCUUUUUUGCUAAUGUUGAAUUCUUCAAAGAGAAACUUAUAAAUGCAGCUGGUUUCAAUCCAUUGUGGGUUCUGCGUAAGCGUAAUAAGGCACUAAGGAAAAUCAAGAAGCUGUUAAAAAAAGGAGAGCUAAAGCUGACAUCAAAAGGUUUAAUCUGCACUUCAUAUGACUACAAAGACUCUGAUAAUGAAGAAUUGGACAAUAAUAGAUUAGAAGAGCUUGACCAGCCUAUAAACACAUCAGAUUUGCCCGUUGACAUAGAUUGGAAUGCAGAUCUUCCAGAUGUCAUUAAUGUUCCCAAAGUUGAAAUCCACAGUCUUAUUCUUGAUUUUGGAUCUGUAUCAUUCAUCGAUAUGUCUGGGAUGAAGGUUCUUAAAGGUAUUGUGAAGGAAUUCCUGAAUGUUGGAGUACAUGUGAGCUUUGCUGGUGCUGACAUUGGUGUUUUGGAGAAGUUAAACAAGAGUAAAUUUUUUGAUGAUGACAUUAAAAUGUCCAUGUUUUUUCUCACGGUUCAUGAUGCUGUCUUACACACAAUAGACGUGAACGACUUGCAAAAAUUGUUAAAAAGUGACCAAGUUUUGGAAGCGGAUAAUAUGGUAUUUUCGAAUGAAAUGACAAAUGGAACUAUCAAAAAUGAUUCAGUGGGAAAUGAGACACGAUUCUAAAAUCAUGAUUUCACUGCAUACAACAUUUUAUAAAUUGGAAGCAUACAAUAUAUGGUACAAGACAGAAGAUCUUCCCCAAAGAGAUAUAGAAUACGUUUGUUAUGGUAAAUCUGAUGUCUUAUUGUACUCCUAAAUGUUAUAUAACCGACACA